ACCAUAUGUGUGGCUAUUCGGGACAGACUGUGGCUGUCAGUGGGAAAACAAUAAGAUUUUUGUACAUUGUUCGUUUUUCACCUUUUUCACCCACAUUGUGGCCAAAAAGGGUGUCUCUCUGUGUGUUGUCCUGACCAUCUCCCAAUCCCCCAAAAUGGGUGAUACACUUGAGCAAUAUUUGCUCACAGAUCUCUGUGAUGUCAGCGAAAUCAUCCAGCAACGUCUGCUCAACACUCAGAGGAUCAAAUACACAUGCUUCAGUGCCUCAGAGAAGUAUUUGGUCUUUGGUGCUACAUCCGGGAGUUUGUAUUUGUUCCAGCGAUCUCCCUGCAAGUUCAGGUAUUUGAUUCCCAACAGGACGAGCUCUGUGAGCUUAGUGGCGAUAUCCUGCAGUGAGAGGUAUAUUGCUCAUGCCACGGGCACGGGGGAGAUCUUCCUGUCGGUGCUGGACAGUGAGACAGGAAGCCCCGAGAGGGCGGUUAAGUUGGAAACGGGAAGGAUAACGUGUCUGCAUUGGGCAGCUGGGGAUAAGUGUUUGUACUUUGGGGAUGAUUGUGGAAGGGUGGCUUGUGUCAGUAUCUCAACAUUUAUCCAUCGCUCCCUGCUCAAUAUGCACACGCAGGAAGUGCUCCUUCUGGCCUCUCCUGUGCUCCAGAUUGACAGUUUUGACGUGCUCCUGCUGAUCACAACGACUUCCGGAAGCCUCAUGUGCAAUACCGAGCGGGAGGAAUUCAAGAGGAUUGGGUCGCAGGCAAGAAAUGGAGCGGGAGGAGCGUGUUUUGUCGGUGUUCAGAAGGAUGAAUAUCUGUCAGGGAGGAUUUUCUGUGCUCGGCCCAAGACUCGCUUCUGGGAGGUGCAGUUCGAUGGGAAUGUCAAGCAAACGAUUGACCUGAAGGAAGCCCUGGCAAUUCCACCAACCAGAAUCCGCCAGAGCUCUCCGGAAGGUCCUCCGGAAGCCUUUCCUGCGCAAAUACUCAACUUCCAUCAGCUGCAGUGCAUGGAGAACAAGUUGAUUGUGGCCAAUACCUCCAGCGCCAUCUACAUCUUCGAUCCCAGUCAGAGUUUUGUGCUGUGGAACGAUGAAUUCAGCAAUAUUCACAGUGUUCGGAUUGUCGGGAAUGCCCUGUACAUCUUCCUGACCACCAUGGAGGUUUUUCUCGUUUGUGUGACAAAACUCUGUGAUCACAUUGUGGAUACCCUGACGGCUGAGAACUUCCACAGGUGCUUAGAACUCAUCAACAUGAACAAUUCCUACGUGAAGAAUCACGUGAGACUCCGGGAAAAUGUCCCGCAGGUCGGAAAAUUCCGGAAGUUUCUCAGAGACACAAACCAGGAUGAUGCACUGAAUAUCCUGGAGACAAUAAUAUCAACCCCAAAGCCUCAGGCAGGAGGAGACAGUCCCAUUCCGGAAGAAGCAAAAUUCCCGCAGAAAAAUAUCAAGGACGUGAUUGCCACGGUGAUCAAGAGUAAAUUGGGCAAGAAUAUCAAGCUAGGACUCAAUCUCCUGGCCAGCUUUGACACGACCCCGAAGCAGGAGCAGCCUCAGGGACAGAAUGGCCAUCGCAUGGUGUUCAGGGAAAUUGAGGAAUUCUCGGCGAAUUCCCUGUCAGCCGAUGAGGAAAUUGUCACGAGGAAGAUGGUGCUGAGCAAGAAGACCAGUCCGGAGAUGGUUUAUCCCAGGCUCACGGAUGAGGAGAAGCUCCUAAGGAACCUCUACAUGAUCUACAAGUCCUCGAGGAUCGGCAAUAUCAGACUUGUGGAGCGAUAUGCAGAAAUUUUUGAUAGGUACACGUUGGCGGAGAUUUCGGCGCUCCUGGGAAAGCUCCAAGGCGUCAUGGUGGAAAAUGGCGAAAGCGAAUCAGAAGCUCGUAGGAAUUGCAUUGGCCUCUAUUUGGAUUAUAUAAAGCCAGAGUUGAUCUGGGAGAUGGACGAGAAGGCGCAGGAGUUCCUCCUUGAGGGUUUUAUGGUGGUCAAUGAGGAUGAGAGAGCACCAAAGUGUGAGAAUUGCUCAUUUCCGUUGAUUUCCAUUAGCGAGGGGCAUCACAUGGACUUGGGGAAGAUCCUGUUUCAGUUUCUGUGGUCGCGACAGGAUAAGAGCAGAUGCGAGGGUCUGGCUCAGCGUGUGCCUGCUCUCUUGGGUCUGUGGUGUCUCUAUCGCUGUCAGGAGGGGGCAUUUGAACACAUGGAGGACUAUCUUUUUGCCUCCGGAAGUUGCACGGUGCUCAGUAAAGUGUCUGAACGUGUGCCAGGGCUGCAAUUUGAGAGGCUCUUGUACCUUCUGGAUCAAUUGCUCAGUCACAAAACGACUUGGUGUCCACAGUGUGGACAUCAGGCGGACUUUGAGUCUUCGGAUAAACUCUCUGACUUCUACUCGUGGAAAUUCCUGGCUGACAUUGCCGUGAGGUGCAUUGGAGGACGACAUACGCUGCGGGAAUUGCAGAAAUAUCAGAAGAAUCUUCCUGCGAAUGCCCUGAUGCGGGAAUAUUUUCUCAUGUGCUUGCAGAUGCCAUAGACUUUGGUCCUCUGAGGGAAAGAGGACCUGCAUUAUCACACAAAAGAAAAAAAAAACUAUCAGUUACCACUUGGACACGAGUCGGAAUCCGACUCAGUAUUUGACUGUAUUUUAUUGCAUAUUUUUUACACAUAUACACCAAAAAAAAAUGCAUUAAAGAAUAUUCUUAGGACGAUAAGGUGCAAGUUGCUAAUAAUAAAUUAUUUACCGUGUAUUAUUUUAAACGACAAAAAAAAUAAACAUUUAGACAAAAA